AUGGAUCGGUACACCAAGAAACGUAAGGUACUUCGCACUCAAGUGACACGCCUUAUGAAUGAGCGCAACAAACGACUCAAUCAACAGCUGACGCCAGAAGAUGCAAACGUUUUACACGACCGACUGACGGGACUUAAGGUAGAGCUAAAUGACGUGAACAACGAGAUCGAACCUUUAGUCUCUGAUCAAGACAGCGAGACUGAGUUUACUCAAGUCUUCGAAUACAACGAUAGAGCCACAGCCUGUCUUUCAAGACUAGCUCAUCGAGGUAGGACUGGCUUUCCGAAUCAGCAAAGCCCACCGAUAACCGACAGAAACGACAACCCCACUGGUGCGACAACGAGAAUUCGAGUGAGGCUACCAAAGCUCGAGCUGAUGAAGUUCAACGGCUCCGUCAGCCAGUGGCAAGAAUUUUGGGAACAAUUCAACCAAGUUGUACAUUAUAACAACAAACUAACAGAGGUGGACAAGUUCAACUAUCUGAAGACAGCAGUGACUGGAGAUGCUGCAGCAGCGAUUGCCGGACUUCCGUCGACCGCACGAUGCUACGAAGACGCGGUCACAUUGUUGAAGAGUCGCUUCGGAAACCAAGACCUGCUCGUCCAGACCCACCUAAAAAGACUGAUCGAUGUCAAGCCAGUGCGUUCUGCCUUGGACGUUCGUGGCCUUGUCUUUACGACACACGUUGUCUUUACGACACAGUGA